AUGGUGAGCAAGGAGGGGGAGAAAUGUGUGCUGACAUCCUCAGAAAGUGAAGCUGAACCAGCUGUUUCCUUAGCCUUAGAAAUGAAAUAUGCAUUGGACCCCAACCGGCAGAUCAAGAAGAGGAAUAAAGCCCUCCAAGUAAGGUUUAAAGAUAUCUGCGAAGCUCAGAACGAGCAGAGGGAUAAACAGCUUUCAACAGUGCCACAGAGCGAGAAGAAGGAAGGCAGGUCUCUUUCUUAUAAAGCUUACCGGAAGUACAUGACAGUGCCUGCCCGACGGUCUAUACCCAACGUUACCAAGAGCACAGGGGUUCAGACUUCACCUGACCUGAAAAAACGAUAUCAGACUUUUCCGCUGGACCGCAAAAAAGGAAACAUGUUAAAAAAUGCCACGGGAGCUGAUACAAUGAAGGGCCAGAACAAUGGAUUUGUAAUAGAGGUCAAGGAUACAAAAGAUCACAAAAGCUCAGGGGAGUCCAACCAAUGCCGCAGGGUCGGUGAAAGAGUUGUCGCUGAUCUCAUGGUGCAUUCUAGUGAAAACAUGGAUGUUGUCCCAUCAAGCAAUUGCUCAGAUGCAUGUGGAAGCACUGAUUUGCACAGCUGUACUAAAGAAUCCCCUCCUAUUCAAAACCCAGCAAUCUCAACUUUGGAACAGGCCAUCUGCCAUUUGCAUGAACCCACCAAACACGACAAAAGGCCAUUGGGAAACACGCAGUCCCCACCACCCGCCACAUGUUAAGGUGCUUCUAAAAGAAGAAGCCACCAUCCACUCCCCUACACUUAACCCAAACUUAACAGACCCCGAAGACUUGAGUGACAUGGAGCGGACAAUCUGUCCGCUGACGGAUGCAGAAGACAAAAGAACUAGUCAUCUUAAUGGCUUGCAAGGCCAAGAUGUAAACCCUAAGGCCUGCACGGCACAGUCACAGUGUCAAACGACGGAAUGUAAUGAGCAGGCCCUGCAGAUAAAGGUUUUACCCACGGAUAAAAAUCAGCCUUGUCAGUCGACGGUUGCUUUGAGUGAUGAAUGCCAACAAAUCGUGCCUCACACAGAAGUGACAGACUUAAAAGCACAGCUUCAGACCAUGGAAAACCUGAUCAGCUCUAGUCAGGAAACAAUUAAAGUGCUUUUGGGUGUGAUUCAGGAGCUGGAGAAGGGAGAAGCUCACCGAGAGGGGCUUUCAUAUCGAACUGGGCAAGACACAGCAAACUGCGACACAUGCAGGAACAGCGCAUGUAUUAUCUACAGUGUUGAACUGGAUUUCAAACAGCAAGAAGACAAACUCCAACCAGUGUUGAAAAAACUCCAUCCCAUUGAGGAAACUCAGGUUGCACCUUUGCCUUACCCUGCCGAGAGUUACACAUCAACUCCCAAGCAAAAAUCCAAAACAGAAUCUAAAAAACACGGAAGAUGGAAACUCUGGUUUCUUUAG